UGUCAUCAUAAAGAAGCCAUACCUGUAAAUGCCAUGCAAGUUCAGCUGUCUGCAAAGACCAGAAGAGGGCAUUGGAUUCACCAAUGAUUCAUUGGAUUCACAGGUCCUAGGAACUGAAUUUGAAUCAUCUGCAAAAACAAAUCAAAGGAAAUGGAAGGCGGUAAUAUGUUACCUCAGUUCAUCCAUGGCGUACUAUCAACAUCUCAUUCUCUAUUCAUAAGAAGUAUCCAAGAGUUUGAUGAAGGGGCCACCACACCAUAUGACUAUGAAGAUGGUGAGCCUUGUCAUAAAACCAGUGUGAAGCAAAUUGCAGCCCAGAUCCUGCCCCCACUCUACUCCCUGGUAUUCAUCUUUGGUUUUGUGGGCAACAUGUUGGUCAUUAUAAUUCUGAUAAGCUGUAAAAAGCUGAAGAGCAUGACUGACAUCUACCUGUUCAACCUGGCCAUCUCUGACCUGCUCUUCCUCCUCACGCUCCCAUUCUGGGCUCACUAUGCUGCAAGUGAGUGGGUCUUUGGGAAUAUCAUGUGUAAAGUAUUCACAGGGCUCUAUCACAUUGGUUAUUUUGGUGGAAUCUUCUUCAUUAUCCUCCUGACGAUUGAUAGGUACUUGGCUAUUGUCCAUGCUGUGUUUGCUUUAAAAGCCAGGACAGUUACCUUUGGGGUGAUAACAAGUGCAGUCACUUGGGUGGUGGCUAUGUUUGCCUCUCUACCAGGAAUCAUAUUCACUAAGUCUGAACAAGAAGAUCACCUUCACGUUUGUGGUCCUUAUUUUCCACAACCAUGGAAGAAUUUCCAAACGAUUAUGAGAAAUAUCUUGAGCCUGAUCCUGCCCCUACUUGUCAUGGUCAUCUGCUACUCAGGGAUCCUCCACACCCUGUUUCGCUGUAGGAAUGAGAAGAAGAGGCACAGGGCUGUGAGGCUCAUCUUUGCCAUCAUGAUUGUCUACUUUCUCUUCUGGACUCCAUACAAUAUUGUCCUCCUCCUGACCACCUUCCAGGAAUUCUUUGGACUGAGUAAUUGCAGUAGUUCUAAUAGACUAGACCACGCCAUGCAGGUGACAGAGACUCUUGGGAUGACACACUGCUGCCUAAACCCAGUCAUCUAUGCCUUUGUUGGGGAGAAGUUCCGAAGGUAUCUCUCCACAUUUUUCAGGAAGCACAUUGCCAAACGUCUCUGCAAACAGUGCCCAGUUUUCUAUAGGGAGACAGCAGAUCGAGUGAGCUCAACAUUCACUCCAUCCACUGGGGAGCAAGAAGUCUCAGUUGGGUUGUAAAUUAAGUGGGAGUUUGCUCCCCCCCUUUUUUUUUUGCAGAGAAGGAAGUAGUUCGUACAUAGUAACAAGCCUCAAAAACAGUGAUUCUUACUUUUGAGUCAUGAUCCCUGUGUGGGGGUCAAAUGAUCCUUUCACAGAGGCCACUUAAAACUAUCAGAAAACAUAGAUAUUUACAUUAUAAUUCAUAACAGUAGCAAAAUGACAGCUAUGAUGUAGCAACAAGAAUAAUUUUAUUGUUGAGGAUCACCACAACAUGAGGAACUGUAUUAAAGGGUCACAGGAUUAAGAAGGUUGUGAACCACUGCUCAUAGCUCAUAAAUAUGUUGAAGAAUAAAGACCUAUAAAUCAGGUGUCCAGAACCUUAAGAUUAUGCCACGACUGAACCAUAUCUCUUCCUGUAUAUAUAAUACAUGUUCGGGAAAUAUUUUAGAAUAAUCAUUGGUAGAUUCUUUAGCUUUCCAGUGGACUCUGUCCCUAUGAAGAGUCUCAUUGCCUUGUGGCAAUACUAUUUUUACAAAUCUUUGCCAUGUUUUCUUUUAUUUCUAACAAGAAAGACGUGGAAUGCAUAGGAAGGAGGGUGUGAAGCUGUCAGGACUGAGUGAGAAGGGGGAGGAGAUAUGUACUGUUGAUCCUGGGUGAAGAUGGAAAUGACAGUGAGCAGGAACCUCUCAUUUCUUUCUCAUUUGGGAAGAAAUGUCCUGGUCUUUGGUUCCUUCUCCCAUCUGUGUUCAAUUUUGAAGGCUUUAUCAGGUUGUGGGAAAUCUGGAAACUGUAAUAGCUGGUUGGGAACUUCAUUUGAGUCCCAUGGUUGUUUUACACAUAAUUGCACAACACAGUUUUGCUUUGCUGUUUUUUAUCUAUGACAGCAUGGAAAAUAUUUUCAAUAUCACACUCCACUGUUUGUAUGUCUCUCAAGCCAAUAUCAGCUCCUUACAUGAUAUUUACAAAAUUAUUUUUAUAAGAUAUGCCUCAUUAGUGAUUAGCCUAAAAAUAAUAAGGAUUCUUGUUUGACCUUUCCAAGGAGAUGAGAAGGUUGGAUGUAGUGAAUGACCAAGAAUGAGGAGAAAUGUCAGUUCUUCCAUCAGGCAUAAAGGACUGCAGCAAAAAGGCAGGGACAAUAGACGUGCUGUGUUUAGAACCACAUAGAGCCAGAAGCAAAAUGGAUGCCUCAGCACCAAGGAAAGGUUUCUGUCUGGAAAUAAACUGGUUUUAUAUUAUUGCUGUUAUUUUCUGUCUCCCCACUACCUUUGCACCUGCCUCUUUCCUCAUAACCUUUAUCUCCACCUGGGAAAGGUGUGUAUGGAAUAGCCAAACAUAAAAGCCUGGCUAGUUCUAGGAAAGAAAAAGAAAAGCACUGUUAUGUUAUGUUUUGUGGGUAAAACAGAACUGGAUAAAGCAGGGGCAGAAGCCCUUGCUUUGGAAAUAAUACUUGGGAACAUAUCUUAAUUACCAGGCAAAAUAAGCCUAGGUAAAAAAUGAUUAUAGAUAGAGUGGGAAGACAUGUGACACAGACUAUCUUUCAAAGCUGUAUUUUGGAAUAUAAACAUAAUCCAAAUAUUUAAAAAUUGAAAUUAGAAAAAAUAAAAUCAAGACUUAAAAAUUUAACUUCUAAAUGUGACGAAAGAGUUCUUACCUUGCCAAGCUUGAAAAUAGUUCAUUAGUUGAUAGAAAAAAUUCUGGCUUUGAGCAUAUGAACUAAAAUUGACAGCUCAGGAUUGACAGGACUUGGGGUUUGUGGUCUGUGGGCUUACCCAACCAUGGUGAUUUAGACUCUGCCAUCUGGAUUGCAGCAUAUGCUGCAUAGAUGUCGUGUAUAUAUGCAAGUGGCAUACUUGCUCCUGUGGGUUCGGUUUCCUCAAAUUCGUUUGGAUCUUUUGUCCUAAAUGUGAGAUUGGUGACAGAUUGUCCUUUGAAUGAAUGGGAACUCCUAAGUCAAAUCAACUUCUUAUCAAAGAUUUAAAAGUAAAUAUAAAAAGGAGAGAGGUUAGAGAAACUUCUUCUCAUAAGAGAAGUGUCUCCCAUGAAUUGAGCCAAAAAUGUUCUUCCCUGUCCACUAACGCAUUUCUUAUCUAACAGGAGCAAGAAACAAUGGAACAGACAGCUUGGGAGUUGAAAGUCACUGUGGUCUGGCUUUGCUACCACAGGAUGAGAUGAAAUUUCUGAAAGAAGUAGGGGAUGAGGGUAUCACCUUCAGAUAGCCUUCCAGUUUUAUUUUAAUGAUAAUGAGAUGCAAAUAUCUGUAAACCUAUGAUUUAGAAAAUAAACCAAUGCUCUAUCUACAUUGCUAGAAAUAUUAAAAAGAAACAAGUAUAUGUUUUGUUACACAAGUGUGGAUGACUAUUUUGUUUAUAACUACACAACUCUUUCCUUGUACUUACUUUACAAUUGUAUAUGCCUGGUACUUGAUGGAAAGGUACGACUUACAGCUUGCCUUCCAGGCUACACACCCUUCUAUAGUUAGCAUUCUAGAAGACAACCAAAAGCGACAUCGAUUUCUUCCAAUUAUAGCCCCAGCAGGGCUGAGCUGAGCCUCUUUUCAGCAAAAUGUAGCCCUGCAUCUUGGUGAGUAAGCAAAUUAUGAGGAUUGAAGCCAGGACCACAGCCAUGGAGAAGAGGGGCAAGAAACCCAUGACCACUAUGAUAAGCCACUGGGUCAGGGGGUUAUUUGUUAAAUACAAUGCUGAC